AUGGAGGUGGAAGAAAAUUCUUCGGAAACUCCGUAUGUAGCUAUAUUUAAAACUUAUUUUUACCAAUGCUAGGUUAAUAACUCUUGCGUAACUGUUCCAAGACAUUAAGGUGUGCUAUUUUUUCAAUUUAAUGCUCACAUGGGACACGAUUUGUCUCAUUGGAAUCGCGCAGCCUAGAGAUUGUGUGAAACAGAAAGGAUUUCAGUUUAUUUUCUAAAAUAUCGGAGAAACAUUCCAAACCUUCUUGAUCCCAACGUCAAUUCAUAAGUCUUGAGAAGAUUUGAAAUUAUAUGUAUUUCCUAAGGAUAUCACAGAUGGAGGAUACAUGUGCCCAAUUGUGAUAAAAAAAACCAAACAAAUAAACAAACAAACAAAAAAAAAACGCUAAAAAAUAAAACAUGUUUCAUCUUUUUCGGGGCCAGCUGAUUACCUAUGAAUGAAAAGAUGUAAACAGUAAGGGAUUUUAUGAACCAAUUGUCACAAAGUAUUUUCCAUUUAUUGAUUAUUUUAUACAUCAAAGACACAUUGCAAUUAUUGUACAUCAAAGUUUUCUUGUUAUGACUUUAAAAACAUGUGCGAUGAGUCGGACAAAUCUCAGCUGAAAAUAACUCUGGAUUAUGAUAAAAGUUAAAAAGUGUUACCUAUCUCUUUAUCUGAGAACAUGUUGUAGGUAGACUGUACUUUCUAAAAAACUGUUCAAAUCUUACACGUGCCAACUUGGAAAAAAAUAUGUGGCUGUGCGGAAAUUUUUUCCACUCUGACUAGUAAUGUGAAUUUAUAUCUUCAGAAUGGUGGUAGAAAACAAAGGUGAUUGGUCUGGCAGAUGGAGUCAUGUUCAGAGAUUGCUGUUGAGAAGCGGGCCUUUGGCUCAUCAAGACUUUGAACCUGGACCUCAGGUAUUACCAAUGGACAACUUUGACAAAUAAAUACUGAUCUUACUUACCACUCAAACUCAAAAAUAAUCAGCAUUAUGGCACUGUGUGAUUAAUGGUGUCAGACUUAGUGAGGGGGGGACUUAGUGAGGUGGGGGAAGGGGCAAUGAUUGGAGGGCCCCAAGAAAAUAAGGAAGAGGGAGAAAUUAAGUUAUUAAUGAGAGUACAAAGCAAGAGAGAAAAAACGCAUAGGCUCAAGACAGCAGGAUAAGAAAAAAAGGUGAAGGUUCUUGUCCCCUUAUUCCCUAACUAGCACAUGUAUGAGGUUUCUUCUUUGGAGUCUAAGCAAUUUGAGUUAAAAUGAAUUUCUAGGGCACUGUUCAAAUGCUUUAUAGUAAACUGGUAUUAGAGGUGUUUUUGCGUCUUCACAAAAGAAGUAUAAAUUGUCAAAUUGCAUGCGAUUGUCAACAUUGGCAAUUUGAACUCAGCAGCAUUUCUUGCACCCUGGCUCCCUUUUCUUCACUAGGUUCUUGAAUUUAUGCUUGAUACAGCUAAAAUUCUGGUUAUUGGAGCUGGAGGAUUAGGCUGUGAAUUACUAAAGGAUCUGGUGAGUAUUUGACUUUGCAAAGAAAUGCAUGUCUUGUUGCUUUUUGAAUAUGUGCUCACUCUUGUAUCUUUAUUCUAUACCUGCCAACGUUUUUUUUGUUUUUUACUUGACAAGUAAUUUUUUGUAUAGGACUGUACUGACGAUAUUCAUGUUAUGCUAUUUGUUAUUUAAAUGAAUGCUUAAUUAGUUUCUGAUAUAAAUGCCUAAUAUUUAACUAUUGCUUAACCCUUCAACCCCCUCCCCCCCUGUCACUGAAGUUAUACAUGUCAUCUUGCUGACAGGUCAUGAGAGGCAACAAGGUUAUCAGCUUGAGGAUGUUUUGUUGAUGUGACACUUAACCCUUUAACUUCCACAAGUGACCAAGACAGAAUUUCUCCUCACAAUAUCGAUACAAUAUCAAGUAGACAAGUGACGAGAAUAAAGAAAAAUAUCAGUUAGGGGAUUAAAAGUUGAUUUAAUGCCAAAUCCUCCAAACCAACAUCACAAGAACUGUAUGACAGACAGUGAGGAGAGUUACUGAUGAGAUCUCUUGGGAGUUAAAGGGUUAAUUCUCUGGUGUAAUUUACAAGCAAUUGCAUGGCAAGUCAUUAGGGAGGAAUACUAAUCAGAUCUGGGGCCUGUUUCUUGAAUGUUCAGGUAGCUUUACAGGUGUGUAAAGCAGUACUGUUUUCAUUCCAGAUGGGAGUCUCAAAGGUUUUGAAAAUGAUACUGAAAGCUGUUGGCUAAAGAAAGGAAAUGAAAUGGUCAGGGUGCCAGAACCUGCUUCUCCAAUCUUUAAAUUUUGAUUUUAAAAUAUGGCUUUAGGCCUGUUAAGUUUCCACAACUUUUGAAAAUCCGGCUCCUGGGGACUUAAAAGGUUAAAACAAGUUUGAAUUAAUGCUUUACAUCUUUGCUUGGCAGGCAUUGAGUGGGUUUAGGAACAUAGAUGUUAUUGAUAUGGACACAAUAGAUGUUUCAAAUCUAAAUAGACAGUUUCUGUUCAGGUAUUACUAACCUUUUCUAAAUAAAAGGAAUAUCAUCCAUUUUAAUUGAGAAUUAGGAAAUUGUCUAUGAAUACUGAAUGCAGUAUACUGAAUAUUCAGUAUACUGAAUUAAGUUAUUUUUCAAAUCUUUACUGAAGACGUCUUGUGUUCUGAAAUUUAUGUUUUACAUAAAUCUUAGUUGUAAGCUAAUCAUUUUUAUGAUGUUACCCCAAAAUGGCAUAGUUUUAUUCACAGGAGGCAGGAUUGAAUGAGUAUAAUCAUUCUGUGCCUAUGCAGGUUGUGUAAGUGCUCUCUUUUGUGAAGUUCUAAUGGUAAAGUUUACUUCAUUCAGGUAAACUUUAUCCUGUGGAAUACCAAGGAAACAAAGUUCUCUGAUUGGUCAAUGUGGAUAUAAUUAACCCUCAUCAGGUAAACAUUUUCAGCGCAUGCUGAUUUGGGCACAAUGUUUCUGACAUGUGAUUUUCUGUUUUCCCUUAAUUUCAAGACCAAAAGAUAUAGGAAAACCCAAAGCUGUUGUGGCUGCAGAGUUUAUCAACAGUAGAGUGGCAGGCUGUAAUGUUACUCCGUAUCCUUUAAAUUCAUGACUUGUUUCCUUUUUCUGCUUCUGACUAGUAAAUUUGAAGGUUUUUUAAAAUUUUAUCAUCUAAGCUAUGUCUGACUCUUAUAAACUUAGAGUAAAUUUUUGCACCUGUCACACCUGUGGAUUGUAAACUCAGAUCUCAUGCCAGUAUGUACUGUAUUUCAUCAAAUAAGUGCUCACUCUCUAAAAAGCACCCCCCCUCCAAAUAAGUGUCCACCCCCUUGGCUAUAACAUCAAACACAUGCCCCCUUGGCUAUAACAUCAAACACACACCCUCUUGGCCAUAAAAUCAAACACAUGCCCCCUUGAAUAAGCCCCCCCAUCCCUCCUCUUCUCAUACUUCUUUAAAUAGCAGGGAUCCAAGGAAAACCUGUUUCUAUUGUCACUUUAUUUAACUUUUUAAGCUUCAACUACAAUGGAAUCAGUACAGGUUUAUUUAAUAAUUUCUUAAUAAGUGACCUUGAUUAAGUGCCCUUCUUCCAAUAAGUGCCCCUCUUUUCAGCCAAAUUUUAAAUAGGUGCUGGGCACUUUUUUAAGAAAAUGCAAAAAUUGCUAGUGAAUUUUGUAUGCCGACAAGAAGCCGAAGGGUUUGAGUGAUCACUGACAGUGCUAACUCUUACUAUCAAGAGAAAUGAAAAGUCUAUGGGUUGGAAUAAUUAUACAUUAGUUGAAACAUUGGGUGGAGAGGACAACUUUGUUACUAUUUGAAGCAUCUUGAGAAAUUUCCUGGUGAUCUUCAGAUAAAAUCAGCUUCUCUGAAAUUUCUGGCACUUUUAGGAUGAAAAUCUUUCACCUUUGACUAAUAACUUUGGCAUGAUACAAUGUUGGUAUAAGAUGAGCUUCUUUGACAAGUUAUUUUACAGACAUUUUAAAAAGAUUCAAGACUAUGAUGCAGAUUUUUAUAGAGGUUUGUUCAAUCAAUGGGAUCUGUAGAAAACUGAAAAUUGCAAAAUGUGAAAAUGAGUUUUAAAGUGCUGGUCAGAUAAGAUGGAGCAUUUUAAGUUACUUUCAGAUAAAUGUGAUUUUUAGGAGGCUAUUUGAUGAAAGAAUGUUAAAUAUAUAUUCAGUAAAUCAUAUUAAGUAAUUUAUUUUAACAGUCAUUCAUAUCUACACUAUUUGGUUACUUGCAUCUUGUUAGUACUACCAUAAAUCAAAUAUUCAAUACAUUAUUUAUGGCAGGAUUUCACCUUAUAGUCUGUGGAUUAGAUUCCAUUGUGGCGAGGAGAUGGAUAAAUGGAAUGGUGGUAUGAGUUAUUUCAAUUAUUUUAUACUAUGAUUUUUUCAGUAGUUAAAAUUGAUAUUAAAAACAAGUUGCAUUUGUCUUCCUAAUUCUAAUUUUCCCUGCCAGCCCUCUGGUAGCCCUUUUAUACAAAUGAUACCAUGAUUCUAGUCUUUAGAAUCACAGUAAAGUUUUUGAAGGGAAUCCAAACUAUUUUUUGUUUCAGCUUAGUCUGUUAGAGUAUGAAGAGGAUGGCACACUGGAUCAGACUAGUAUUAUUCCUAUGGUAGAUGGUGGAACAGAAGGUAAGACUUAAGAAAAUUUAAAUUCCCAAGGAAACUCCUUUGAAUGCAAAAAAUUAAGUUUUGUAAUUGUAAACUGUUGUUGCUCUAAUUGGCCAUUGAUUCUAAUUUGCUACUGAUCAACCUGAGCACUAUUGCAAGGGUUGUGGUUGUGUUGUUUUGUUAGGAUGACAAUUACUAUUUAUGUGAUGUCUCUGAUAACAUCUUCGUAUAUGUAAAGCAUGCUGAAUGUAGAUGGACCAAUACAGAAAUCCUUUGAACAGAAAGCAUUAGGUAACACUGGGUUGCAAAUGGUUCACAUGUACAAUUACUAUCAGAUUUAGAGACAUUUAGUAAUGAACAGGAAACUGACUGUAUCCCAGUUAAUAUUUUCAUAAUAAUUAUGUUAAAUCAUGCAGGUUUUAAAGGCAAUGCACGAGUUAUUAUACCAGGGUUAACAGCCUGUGUGGAGUGCACACUGGAUCUAUAUCCACCACAAGUAAGUCAGACUAGUAUUGAUUGAUUUUAGACAUCUUUCAUAAAAGGUGGGCUUAAUUAUCAUUCUAACUGUACAUAAUGUAAUUAAUAUUGUUCUUCUUGGCCUCAACAAAAUGUGUAAAACCCAAAUAAUUUCCACUAAAAGUGAGGCCAAGAAGGCUGAUUUGCCAUGAAAGAAUUGGUCAUGAUAAUCAUUAUCAGAAAGGCUUUAAUUUAACAAAGAAUUCUCAUAAUGUAUUAAACCCUUGGCUUAUCUUUUUUAGUUUGAUAGAGUACUUAUGACUUGCUUUUUCAUUUCCUCUGACCUGAUUGGUAAUACUAAUUAUACACUUACUUGAAUUUGUAGAACUUCAAGGAGUUUUACCUCCAAAUUAUUGUUGAUGUUGAAAGGGUUAUACUGCACAAAGUUAUCAAAUGUUAUGUACCUUAAUUUUAUAGUUUUUGUAUCUUGUUUCUAAUAAUUAAAAGAGAGCUGAAUGGGGCAGGAGUAAGUUUGAUUCAGAAAUGGAUAUGGUACUAUGGUAGAUUCAAUAAUUUUCUCUGGGGAUGCCUGUUAUCUAUCAGGGACUUUUUUCAGGCUACAGGUGUUGAUGAGUAGUUUAUUGUUGUUGAUCUCACAGGUUAACUUCCCUUUAUGCACCAUUGCACACACCCCUCGUAUGCCAGAACACUGUGUGGAAUAUGCAAAGGUACUAGUUUGGCCACAAGAACAUCCCUUUGGAGGUAUGACACUUUUAUUGUAGGUAAUUAAUACUUUCUUUGGUUACUGAUAUUGAUAGAGUACCUUGCAUAGGCUAUUUUUGCAAGAGCCAUCUUUCACUGAUUAAGUAAAUGGCUAUUGCUUAUGUUAGAGGGUGUGCCUGUUGAUGGAGAUGAUCCUGCCCAUGUUCAGUGGAUUUACGACAAAGCCAAAGAAAGAGCAGAUAGUUUUAACAUCCAGGGACUGACAUACAGACUAACUCAAGGUGAGAACUCACAGAGAGACUACCUGUUGAUAGCAGUGCUCUCAAGUACACAAGAAUCAACUAGCACUGUAAUAAUAUGGUCAAAGAAACCACUCCUUGGUAUAGUGGUGUUUAGUCUGUCCUAGUUGAUGGUAAAAUAUAAGAGAGCUUUAGAUCUGACUACAAGUAUGGCUAUGACUAUGAGGUUUCCUUGCCACAAGUAGUUUGCAUGACAGGUCAUGCAAACUCUGGAAAAGUCUUAGCUAAUUAUGAGUUUUACUGGAGAUCUUGUAUUCACACUUCAAGUUGAAAGGUUAGUCAAAAUUGUUCUAUUUUCAGAUAAAACUCUUUCAGGAAUACAAAAACACCACAGAGACUUGAUGUUUAUUUGUAAAGUGUUCUAUUAAUCCUGAAAAAGCUACGCUCUCAUUUGUCAUAUCAUGUUUAUUUUAAGUUACAAAUUUGUUGCAGGUGAGGAAGACCUCAAGGGGCUAGUGCCACUCUACUCCCUGUCCAAACUUUUGUUGUAGUCUUACUCCUAGUCAGAUUUAAAGCUCUCUUGACAAUUGUUUCUCAGGCUUCUGUACAAAGUCUAUCAUGUGUGUGGACUGUUACAAAAAAAAAUUUAACUUGAAGAUAAAUCCUUAUGCAGCACUUAUUAUUUCUAUCAAAUCUUUUGCAAUUCCGUUUUCUUUGCCUGAAAUUCAAGACAAAGGUUUGACAUCUGUCUUAAAUUAUCUUUUCCUCAAGGUGUAGUCAAGCAUAUUAUUCCUGCUGUGGCUUCUACAAAUGCUGUCAUUGCAGGUAAAUUGACUCAAGUGGUUUACUGUAAUUGCCUUUGGGAUAUGGGAUAGACUUCAAAGACUUCGGUGCAGAUUAGAGUAUAAUAUAUAUUACCUCAAAUUAAUAGUGCUAGUGGUAGUGGAGGUUAAAGAGUGCUCAACCCUAAUUUCCAAAUUGAUCACCUCAGCAUGCAGGCUUGUCUUGCAUUACGAUAGUUCAAAUGAAGGAGAAGCUGUCCACUAAAACUCUUGCAUAGGGUAGGGAAUUUGUGACAAUUAUAGAAUGGUGUUUCAAAAUGCACCUGAAAGUGGUUUAGUACAGGCCAUCAUGGCCUCCAUGGUCUGAGGGAACAUACUCCAUGGGUAUAAAAUAGUUAACUGAGUUCUUCCCUCCUCAUGGCUGCUACAGAAUUGAUGUACCUUGAAUAUUCAUUUUGAUUUGUACCAGCUGCUUGUGCUCUUGAGGUGUUCAAGCUUGUAUCCAGGUAUGGUUGUUGUUUCGUUGUAUGAUAGUUUACCAUGUGACAUCAAAUAAAAACAGAAGUGGUACAGGAGAAGGGCAUACUUAGGAAAUAUGAUAAACAAAUUCCCUGCAUACAAUUCUCAUACUCUGCUUUCAGUGUUUUUUUUUUUUUUUACCCUGUUAUACAUGAAACCUCUACCAUAUAGAAGUCAAAAACAGGUUAUGCUAAGAUAUAAAACAUCUUCUCUAUAGCUCUAACUUAUAGUCCUUGCUUUGCAAUUAGCUCAAACUUACAUAGCCUGCGCAGAACCACAUUCCCUGUUGCUUCAGGAAGGUAGUGUCCUAGCUCAGUUAGCUUGCAGGUGAUCCCUUUUCAAUCAUAUUUAUUUUUGCUGUUUAACAGCUGCUGUAACCCACUGAACAACUACAUGGUUUUUAAUGAUACUGAUGGACUGUACACAUACACUUUUGAGGCUGAAAAAAAGGUAGCAUUUACUUUUGGAUGUUGUCAACUGCAAAUUAAUUAAACACUGAGGUUGAUUACUCAAUUCUAUUCUUAACCCUAGCAAAUGAUAAUUCUGAAAAAGGACUGUUAUUAGCAUUGGUCAUUUGGUAGUGGGGCAGAGGGUAGGGGCCUUAAGGGGUUAGGAGGCCUGGGGGGGUUGGGGUCCUCAAGGGGUAAGGGUGCCUCAGGGAAGUGGUGGGCCUCAAGGGGCUAGGGGGUCUCAAGGGGGUCUCAGGAGAGUAUGGGGUCUCAGGGGGCGGGAAGCCUCAGGAGGUAGGGGAGUCUCAGGGGGCUAGGGGGUCUCAGCCCCUCCUAAACAAAUAUUUUGGGGAGGGGGUCACCAUUCCCCAUACAGUUUGGUGCAGAAAUUAAAGCAAGUGCUGCAUAAUAUUGUUUGGCAAAAUAUUCAGCUUUGUCAUUUAUCCACAAAUUGUAGUAUCAGCAUCAGACUUAGUAAUAUAAAGUUGUAGGACUGAUAAUUGUUAUUUGUACUUCAAGGAUGACUGCCCAGCUUGUAGCCAACAACCACAAGUAUUAACCUUGCCUGAAGAUGCCACCCUUAAAUCCCUGAUUGAUUUUCUGAUGGAGAGCCAGACAUAGUAAGUAUGAAUGGAUUGUGGGUAUAAAUUAAAGUGAAAGUUGAUAUUAUUUUAAUAUUCAUUUCAAAUGUUUUUCUUCAACAGUCAGAUGAAGGCACCUGGUCUGACAACUAUUAUUGAUGGAAAAAACAAAACCUUGUACAUGCAGGUAACAUUUUCAAUGAAUUGGACUUCAAGUUAACCCCAAAAGAGAGUACAAUAACCCUGAGAGAAGUGUAUCAGAAAUACAGCUACUGCUCUUAUUAACCCAUUAUUCACAUCAAUUCUAAUACAGUAAAUUAUAUGCUCAUUCUUAGUUUAUAUUGAAUCAUUGCGGCACCUUAUGAAUAAAGGUUUGAUUCUUGUAGACAGUGAAGUCUAUUGAGGAGAGGACAAAACAGAAUCUACCUAAGAAGUUAAAAGGUAUGAAAGCUGUGUAUAUACAUGAAUAGAGAUGCUCUAUUCUAAGAUUAAUUGUCCACUGUCAAAUUUUGUCAACUUUUGAUUUUGGUUCUAGUACUCAACCAUUAAGAUAUAGAGGGCUUGUUGGUGAACUGAGUUAAUUUACAAGAAGUGCCUUGCAUUCUGCUAGGAUCAUCAAUUUUGUAUGUAAAUAGAUGGAGAAAGAUAAUGUAUUUUUAAGCUGCAUUGUCAAACAAAGGAAAAUGUUUCCUUUUUUCAUGAGUGUGAUGAUCUGAAGGAAAUGCUUAUACUGUAACAGUUGGUUCUUUCCACAUCAAUUGAAGAUUAGUUUUACUGCAGUAACAUACAAAUUACUUUUUUUGAUACUUCAUUUCUCUUUUCAGAUAUUGGUCUGACUGAUGGACAGGAAGUGGUAGUAGCCGAUUCCACAACACCUAAACCAAUUAUUUGUAGAAUAUACUUCUCCUCUGGAAUGGAGUGAACCUUUUAUUUCAAUGUUCUGAUUAAAAGGUUUCUUACAUUGUUAUCAACUGAUGAUUUAAAAAAAAUUAAAAAUAAAAAAAUACAUGUAAGCCUGUCCCAAUUCAAAAUUGUCCUGUUUUAUACUACAAUUAAAAAAACAAUGCAUGUUGUAAAUUUUAUAUUAAUUUCCUUUUGUUGCAUAAAUUUUUGUAAUAUGUUUUGUUUGUAAAUAAAGUUAUUUCCUUUGUUAUGUCAGUUUAUAGAUUUUUCCACUGAUCUAAAAUGUGAAUAUCAUAUAUUUGAACUGCACAUGAAGAUGAAGAUGGAAGGGAUUAUGAACACUACUAAUUUACAGCCGUCAUGGAAA